AUGCUUUCUCCUGCCCUCCUGCGCCUCUCAGCCCGUCGCCUGCCCCUGUCUGCGACACAGCGCGCCGGCGCGCGUCGUGCAAGCUCCUCCGCGGGCCCGCCUUCGCGCCAUGCCCAGUUCUACACCGAGUUCGCGGCAGGCAUGAUCCCCGUCGCCAUCCUCGGGUCCGCAGUGUACAUGGUGCGUCCGACGCCAUCGGGCCUGCGGACGUGGCAGCAAUACCUCGCGCACGAGCGGUUCCUGGAGGAGGCGCAGGCACAUGUGCAGGAGUUGGAGGCGGAGGUGACUGCGCUCAGACAGCAGCUGCAGACGGGGGUGCGCGACGAUACCGUUCAGAGUGUAGGCUCGUCCAGUGGGAAGAAAUCGAGCUGGUGGCCCUGGUGA